AUGGGCAACUGCAACGCGAGCAGCGUGAGCUCCAGCAGCGAGCUGCAGGUCGGAGCGGCGCAGAGGCAUCCGAGCCUCAUGUCCCUGCCCAUGCGAACCAACAUGAAGUUCGGGUGGAGACCGGACAUGCCGGACCACCGUGACCUCCGCGUAACCUUUGACAAGGUUGAUGCGCCGAGCCACAUCACGAAGAAGUCCGAGGGAGAGAAGGAAAUCGUUGACCUGCGACCCAUGAACGGUGGCUUUCCCAUCUUCGAUCAGGGACAUCUCGGCAGCUGCACGGCAAAUGCCUUGGCAGCAGCCUUCCACUUCACCCUCCACAAGAUGCAGGUGGAAAACCACAAGGAUUUCGCAGACUUCACCCCCAGCCGACUGUUCAUCUACUACAAUGAACGCCUCGUCGAGGGCAGCGUGAACCAGGACGCUGGGGCGAUGAUUCGUGACGGCAUCAAGACGAUGUCCAAGGUCGGGGUGUGCCCGGAGAGUAUCUGGAAGUACGAUGAUGGACCGGAUUUCUUCAAGCAACAGCCAGACGACAAGUCUUACGAGCUUGCGCAGAAGUGCAGGGUUAUGGGCUAUGCUCGUGUCGCGCAAGAUCUGAGCCAGUUCAAGGCAUGCCUCAAGAACGGCUACCCCUUCGUCUUUGGCUUUGCCGUCUUGUCAAGCUUCCAGACAGCGGAGGUUGCCAGGACCGGCAAGAUGGUGAUGCCCCAGGCAACCGACCAGCAGCUGGGCGGCCAUGCCGUGUGCGCCGUGGGCUACGACGACUUCCAGCAGUGCUUCAUUGUCCGCAACUCUUGGGGCGAAGCGUGGGGCGACAAGGGCUACUUCUACAUGCCCUACGAGUACAUGUGCCAUCCGGCGCUUGCCUCUGACUUCUGGGCCAUCAACUGGGUUGAGGGCUUCAAGAACACCAGCAGCAUCUUAGAGAGUGGCAAGCUGCAGAUUGGAGGGGCGCCCAGACAUCCAAACGUUGUGUCCCUGCCCAUGCGCACAAACAUGAAGUUCGGCUGGCGGCCAGACAUGCCAGACCAUCGCGACCUCCAUGUGACCUUUGGCAAGGUUGAUGCUCCCAGCCACAUCAAGAAGAAG